GGGGCGGUUCAGUGAAGUUUAUCAGGAUCCGCACAUGUUGCUCAAUCGCUGCAGAAGCGCUCGGUGAGACGCGGAUUGCCGGGUUAAGCUCACCCUGCAGUCUGAGCAGCAGAGUGUUUGAGCAGAGAGGCCGCCGGCACGAUGGGAGAAACUGGGUGAGAGACCUGUGGGUGUUCAUGGAGCGACUUUUAACGGUGGUCUGGACCUGCCUGCUGGGGUCUGGGCUCACUCUGGCCGACUUCAAUGCAACAUCCCAAACCGCCCCAGGACCGCCGCGGCUCAUUGGCUGUGUGUUCAUAAUUAGAACUAACGUCACUUGCCGUUGGGAGCCUGGAGACACUCCGGCAGCAUACUCUACCCUUAAAGUUCAGAUAGCGCCCAGAUGUGAAAUUCCGAACUCAACUCCAAAUAGCUCCCUAAAGACAUUUACCUGUACCACAUCUGGGUCAAGCUGCACAACCGGAAUUGGUGCAUCUACAGACAGGAUAUGCUUUUGCAUCAGCGUCAUAUCUCAUGGUGUAGGUGGAAAUGUUUCAUCAGCACCUCGGUGUCAGCCUGGAAGGAUAGAAGUGAUCUUGCCUCCAGUGGUUCUGAACAGCGUCCAACAGGUUAACGGUGCCCCUCAGUGUCUGAAUGUGUCCUGGAGUCGUGACUUGCAUUUGUUUUCCGUGGCUGAGUCAGAAAUCGAACGCGGAGACCUGAAUUCUCAAAUAGAGUUUGCAGAAAAGGGGGAGGAAAUCGCUCAGGUCAGGAAUGUCACAGUAAAUGGACUCUGUAUCCUGGUGUGCCUAUUCAGACCAGACACCUUGUAUACGAUAAGGCUUCGGAACCGCUACCGGGGCCCGGCGAGCCCAUGGAGUCAGUGGAGCAACGCAGUUCAGGGCAGAACCGCAGAAGAUGCUCCGUCUGCAGCACCGGUGCUCUGGAGGAAGGUGGGACAAGUCAGCGGGGAUAGACGGAGGCUCGUUUCUCUGCUUUGGAAGCCGCUGCCUCGCUUCCUGGCCAACGGCAGAGUCGUCCUCUACGAUGUGUUUUGCCAGGCAGAGGACGGUCAGAUUCUCAGCGAUUACGGAAGCUGCCGAAAGUUGCAGCGUGCAAACACAUCCUGCAGCUUGCCUCUUCCUGACGGACGUUGGUCCUGUGCCCUGACGGCGUCCAACUCCGCAGGGACCUCGCCGCAGGACAGAGUCUGGAUCCUGGGCUCCUCUGAAACAGAGCCGCCCGCUCCGGUCAGAUUCAACGCCACUCCGCUGGGUGACAGCAGCAUGGAGGUCCGCUGGUCGCCUCCACCAGAUCUGUCGGCGACCGGCUUCGUCGUGGAGUGGCUUGCAGUGAGAGAGAAAUCCAGCAGCGUUUUGCAGUGGGAAAAGCUGGAUGGUUCCUGUACAAAGCUGGUUAUUGCAGAGGGACUGAAUCCGAUGGAACGUUAUGCGGUCUCUCUCAAGGCUCUGUACGGUGAACAAGGAGCAGGGCAGAAAGUGACGCUCCAUGUUUACACACGGCAAGGAACGCCCUCUGCUGGUCCCAGUGUGCGUGUACAUCAGAUUUCCGGCAGCUCAGUGGAGCUCAGCUGGACUCCAGUACCUGUGGAGCUGCUUCAUGGCUUCAUCAGAAACUACACCCUCUUCUACAGGACCAAAAACCAGCCAGCAAAGAGUAAAACUGUGCCCGGUCACGUUCACCGCUACACGCUGGACAAUAUGCCAGCUGGUGUUUAUGAAGUUUUCAUCCGCGCCAUCACCGACGCCGGGACUGGUCCACCUGGGAACUUGGCCAACGUGCACAUUGGCUCUGAGGAAAUCUCACUAGUGAUGUGUGUCGUCGUUCCACUCCUGCUCAUUUCCGCGGUGCUGGUGCUGAUGGCUCUCCUGGCGCACACAAAGAUUGCAAAACAGAAGCUCUUUAAGGGAGUUCCUGAUCCUUCUAACAGCACCUUGUCCCACUGGAACCCGGAAACUAGUGUAGAGAGUAAGAGGCUGGUUGUGGAACAAGAGAAGCCUGAAGUCAGCUGCCCUGAAGUCAUCUUGGUUGACAAGCUGCAAGAUCUAGAGAAGUCCCAAAUGUAUUUACACAUCUGCAACCCUCCGAUGUUUCCAUACCUGCAACCCUCUUCACCCCCAGCCAAAACAUCAGAUAAAGGAUAUAUCACGAAUACGAUCAUCACCCAGUCCAAAAAUGAUCUUUCCACCAGCCCCUGCAUCUACUCUAAUGUCCUCUGCAGUCAGUUCAACCAGAAUCUACCUCCGCCCUUCUUGCCUGCCUCUUACCAAGCCAGUGAGAACAGCACGGCCUGCAUCGAUGACAUUAAGCAGCCAGCAGGUGGAGUCAGAGAGUCGUCAGUGUUUCGCUUUACCUCCUCAGAUGAACAGCAAACCUUCAGGCUUUUUCUUGAGGAGCUCAAAGGCCAGAGGUCUGCAGGACUUCUCACGCCUUCCCCGUAUAUUGUCAUCAGACGGAGGUCCCCAGAUUAAACUUGAAGAAAAACACUCCACAGCUCAAUUUUCCCGAAUUUAUCCUCACCUCCUGUGCAGUACGGUCCUUACAUCUCUGUCUAGAUUUAGACUGGCAGAUUGAGAUUUUAAAUAAUUUCAUUCAACCAAGAAGUUUCUUCAUAGGAAAUGACAUAAUUCUCUCUGAAUAGAGAAUAAGAUCAUUUUUGAAUAAUAUUCAAUAAUAUUAUA